AUACCAGGAGUUUGUCAGGGAACUGUUUCCAAAGCCAUAAUGAAUAAUCAGGCUGUUAGUAAAAGAAGCCUCUCCAAGUGAUAGCAUUUUUUAAAAAUUCUAGUAGUGAAGAAAAUAAUUAAAAGCCCAUCUGGUUGAGAUAGUAAUUCAUUAAGGAAAAAGAGGAGGCGGAAGGCUGGGGAAUAAUCGAUCCUUUUCUUUCUUUAUUUCAUGUGUUUCAGUUAUUGUGAAAUGAUAGUGAUCAAAAUCUGGAUUCUGGAUUGUGCAGAAUGCAGGAAAAUCCUAGGAACAUUCUUGGCGUGUUCUAAUAGUGGCUUCCCAGAAAUGAGUGUUUUCAGUGGGUGUGGCGUCAUUGAGCUGAUGUGCUUUUGCAAGGGGUCUCUUUAGAAGUGGUAGGGGCAGGGUCGAGAGAAGAAGGGGAUGCAGAAUCUGUACAUGAGGAAGGAGCCAGAGUCACUCAGGAAACUCCUCAUUCUUCCUGCGCUGGCUGUGGCACACCCACCGGUGGCACACCCCUCCCUCGGGUCCAGUUCAGCCCACAGACUCCUGGGAGGAGAGCCAGGGCCCCAGCCUCUCCUUUGAGGAGUGUUGCAGCCUUUCUGUGUGCCAGAUGCCUAGUGAAGAAAAGCUGAAACCCUGGAGCUUUGUGCAUGUUAAUGACCUUGGAAAUGACUGAGCUCACGGACCCUCAUCACACCAUGGGAGACUACAAAGUGGCCCACCCUCAGGACCCUCACCACCCAUCAGAGAAGCCUGUCAUUCACUGCCAUAAAUGUGGGGAGCCUUGCAAGGGUGAAGUGCUUCGGGUCCAGACCAAACAUUUCCACAUCAAGUGUUUCACCUGCAAAGUGUGUGGCUGUGACCUGGCACAAGGGGGCUUCUUCAUAAAGAACGGAGAGUAUCUCUGCACCCUGGACUACCAGCGAAUGUACGGGACACGCUGCCAUGGCUGUGGGGAGUUCGUGGAGGGUGAAGUGGUGACCGCUCUGGGCAAGACCUACCAUCCCAAUUGCUUUGCUUGUACUAUCUGCAAGCGCCCGUUUCCACCCGGAGACCGAGUCACAUUCAAUGGGAGAGACUGCCUUUGUCAACUCUGUGCACAGCCGAUGUCGUCCAGUCCGAAAGAAACCACCUUCUCCAGCAAUUGUGCCGGCUGCGGAAGAGAUAUCAAGAAUGGGCAGGCGCUGCUGGCGCUGGAUAAGCAGUGGCACUUGGGGUGCUUUAAAUGCAAGUCCUGCGGGAAGGUCCUCACCGGGGAGUACAUCAGCAAGGAUGGUGCUCCGUACUGUGAAAAGGACUACCAGGGACUCUUUGGGGUGAAAUGUGAGGCGUGUCACCAGUUUAUCACAGGGAAAGUCCUGGAGGCAGGUGACAAACAUUACCACCCCAGCUGUGCACGAUGCAGCAGAUGCAACCAGAUGUUCACAGAAGGAGAGGAAAUGUAUCUUCAAGGCUCCACCGUUUGGCAUCCCGACUGUAAGCAAUCUACGAAGACCGAGGAAAAGCUGCGGCUGCCAAACAUUCGGCAUUCUUCAUCCGAUUUCUUUUAUCCCAAAAGUCUGAUUCGACGCACAGGACGGUCUCCGUCUCUGCAGCCUACCAGGGCAUCCUCGGAAAGUAUUUAUUCUAGACCAGGCUCCAGUAUUCCUGGCUCACCAGGUCAUACUAUCUAUGCAAAAGUAGACAAUGAGAUCCUGGAUUACAAGGAUUUAGCAGCCAUUCCCAAGGUCAAGGCAAUUUAUGACAUUGAACGUCCAGAUCUUAUUACCUAUGAGCCUUUCUACACUUCGGGCUAUGAUGACAAACAGGAGAGACAGAGCCUUGGAGAGUCUCCGAGGACUUUGUCUCCUACUCCAUCAGCAGAAGGGUACCAGGAUGUUCGGGAUCGGAUGAUCCAUCGGUCCACGAGCCAGGGCUCCAUCAACUCCCCUGUGUACAGCCGCCACAGCUACACUCCAACCACGUCCCGCUCUCCCCAGCAUUUCCACAGACCUGGCAAUGAGCCGUCCAGCGGCCGGAACUCCCCUCUCCCUUACCGGCCAGACAGCCGCCCUCUAACUCCAACUUACGCUCAGGCCCCUAAACAUUUCCAUGUUCCAGAUCAAGGAAUCAACAUUUACCGAAAGCCACCCAUCUACAAACAGCAUGAUGCAGCUGCCUUGGCAGCCCAGAGCAAGUCCUCAGAAGAUAUCAUCAAGUUUUCCAAGUUCCCAGCAGCCCAGGCACCAGACCCCAGCGAGACACCAAAGAUUGAGACGGACCACUGGCCUGGUCCCCCCUCAUUUGCUGUCGUAGGACCUGACAUGAAACGCAGAUCUAGUGGCAGAGAGGAAGAUGAUGAGGAACUUCUGAGACGUCGGCAGCUUCAAGAAGAGCAAUUAAUGAAGCUUAACUCAGGCCUGGGACAGUUGAUCUUGAAAGAAGAGAUGGAGAAAGAGAGCCGGGAAAGGUCAUCUCUGUUAGCCAGUCGCUAUGAUUCGCCCAUCAACUCAGCUUCACAUAUUCCAUCAUCUAAAACUGCAUCUCUCCCUGGCUAUGGAAGAAAUGGGCUUCACCGGCCUGUUUCUACCGACUUCGCUCAGUAUAACAGCUAUGGGGAUGUCAGCGGGGGAGUGCGAGAUUACCAGACACUCCCAGAUGGCCACAUGCCUGCAAUGAGAAUGGACCGAGGAGUGUCUAUGCCCAACAUGUUGGAACCAAAGAUAUUUCCAUAUGAAAUGCUCAUGGUGACCAACAGAGGGCGAAACAAAAUCCUCAGAGAGGUGGACAGAACCAGGCUGGAGCGCCACUUAGCCCCUGAAGUGUUUCGGGAAAUCUUUGGAAUGUCCAUACAGGAGUUUGACAGGUUACCUCUUUGGAGACGCAACGACAUGAAGAAAAAAGCAAAACUCUUCUAAGUCCCACUCGUGAAUGGCAAUUAGAGAAAGGACUGACAGUGGCGGUGCCCCGUAGGAUGUCAUAUUGAGGCCCAAACUUGAUUGGAGAAUUUGCAAACUACCGUCGCUCAGCAACACCAAAAAGAGAAAGUCUGGUUAAAACACCAUGAGUCAAAUGUUGGGCCAGCCAACAGUAACACUUGCCAAGAAGCAUGGCGUAGAAAUUUCUAUGUUCCGAAACACAGAGUAGUGUCCACAUGUGACCUUUUCACAUUACCUUAUGUAUACAACAGGAGCUGCGUUGUUUUCCUCUUUUUCUUUUCCUUUAUCUGUUGUCCAACAACAGUGCUGACUGUCCGGAUAAGAGCCGGCAAGUGCCCUUAGGAUGCCGCAUGGGAAAAUCGGUUAUCAUAAUUUCAAAGUAUAAAUAUAUUUAUUAUGUAGCGCUGCGGCUAAGAAGGAAGAGUGAGGGGUCUGUCCAUGGGGUGGCAGUGAUUUCACACCCGCCUUUCUUGAAUGGCUUCGUGUUACUCAGCCGUGCCCUGGCAGCAAUGGAACUCCAUCAGGGAACAGGGCAGCUCUGUUUGAAUGGGGUGAAUAACAGCAAAAUUAAUUCUUAACAAGCUCCUUGUUCUCUACUGUUCACCGGGACCUGGUUGGAAAAUGACUUAGCUAUUAGUAUAUUUAAAAACUGUUCGAAAGCAAAAGAGAAGGAACAGGAAUGAAAGGAAACCUUCCCUUAACUCUUUCUGCUUCCCAUAGCAGGUCUGGUUCCUGCUCCCCGCCUAGGACAGGAGCUGUCUGGAGCUCCACCUUUGCAAAGAAAGGAAAAACACAAAUUGCCCCCAGAUUGGCCCAGUGGCAUGCCAUUAGGUGAUUUUGCGUAGGGGCCAUAUCACUCGUGGCCAAAAAAAACCAAAAAACAAAAAACAAAAACAAGUCCCAUGUCCUACUGACUCUAGUUCUUCCAGUCGUUAUCCUCUGCUGUCUCUCUGGCAUCCUAUGAAUCAGAUCAAGCCCAUGCUGUUGUUGGUUUUUAAGGUUUCCUUCAAUAAUAGGCUAAGGAAAGACAUGUUUUGCUCUUUUAAAUCUCUGCAACUCCAAAGUAGACUCCUUCAAACGUAUUUAAUUUGGCCUUUUCAGCUUUCUUCUUGCCCAGCUCUGUCGAAUUCAUGGGUGUGUGUGCACAUGUUGGUUUCACUCACCCAGAGUAAUUUUGUGAGCAUGCAUGUGCUUUUUAAUUUCUGCUUGAAUGUUUGUCCCACUGUGUUGCAGCUUCUAAAGACAUUUUCACCGAGUGUGUGUGACUCAAAGAUCAAGAGUGAGGCUAAACUGCAACCCCAACAUCACUUCCUUCAUGGAAAGGUGUUGGCCCUGAUGUAGCUCAUGGCAGGAUCAGACUGGGAACCACAGAGGAAGGAUGAGGUGGGAUGUGGAGGUCAGAGCAUCUCACGAGAGUCCCUCAGGCUCUGCAACACUAGAUUCGAAUAUGAGCCUAGGGUUUCCCCAACACGUGCGUGCAUAUGAAACCACAUCAUGAUUCCCGACAUGAGUUAGAUGAGGGAGAGUUUGUGUAACUCCACACCCAGGAGGGUAAGCCACUUUAUUAUCGUGCUUUGGGGCUGUGCUUAAGAAUUUAAGCUCUGUUUUAAAGCCAAAGAAGAAAACAUUUGAAUUUACCUUCAUAUGCCACUAAGAACAAAAGCUCUGAAGUUCUUCCUGCUGGCACCAAAUAUUAGGAUUACAAGCUGUCUCUCUGACACCAGUGGUAAAAAAGCAAGUAGACUAGUUUCUGAGUCUGUGUUGCAGCCUCUGACACGUGGCUCACUGCUGUCAUUUGGGGGCUGGAAUGAACGGUCACUGUUCUAUAGCAUCCUCCUGUGCUCUUACCUAAGGAAUCUAAAUUGUCCUAGCCUUCCAUUGCUAUGCACUGAAUGAGGACUAUUCUCGUGUGUGUGUGUGUGUGUGUGUGUGUGUUGGAUCUACUAACAUGUUUAGCAAAUGGCUCUGACAGGGUGGCCAUGAGCAGAUGAGACCAGCUCUUGCUUGGUUGGAAGCCACACUGCAGUUUGCAGUUUAGCCUUUGGUGUCUCAGUGGCCUCUUGCUUAUUCCAUGCUUUUUCUAUCCCAUCCUCUCUCUGUGCCCUCCUGCAAUGGCAGCCUUGGCACAAUGCCUGGGUGUCCUCAUCCUUGCUUUACUCUGGAAAGUGUGGGGAUGGAGAGGAUGGUGCAUUUCCAAUGCUUCCUUACCUGUCAAUAACAAUGGUGGCCACGUGGGUCCCAGCACUUGGCUGGUGGAGAGAUUUUUUUCAUUAUGGAGCUAAUAAAGGGUCCCUAUGUUUUACAUUGAUUAAUGAAUUAUCACCCAGACAUGUGCAGAUGAAAUGUCAAUAUAAGAAAAAUCAAGGUAUUUGGGAAACAUGGGCAUAAUCAGGUAGUUUUGCUAAAAUUCCUCUUCCUUGGUCUACAUAAAGAAGACAUGGGUCUGUCAUAGAAUGGGGACAUUAGACUGAAAACUGGGAUAACCCCCUUCCUUAUUUUAUAGAGACUAGGAGUUAAGGGGCCUGCCUAAGAUUGCAGUGAUAAAGAACUGAACCCUAAAUCAGCUCCCACUAAUGAAACCCUGCUUUCCUUGUAUCUUUUAAACUCAGUUCUGCAUCCAACUUGAGAAGAAGAAAAGCUUCUUUCCAUAUCAAGUACCAUAUGAGUUCAUUUAAACUGCACCUUGCAGAAAUGCAUUGCCAGAAAGCACCAGUAGCCUCCUAUCUGCAAGCAGAGUAGUGCUCUGCUCUGGGGAGGGGUCACUGGAAACCAUAAUGCAGAGUGGGCCCCCUAUUCCAUUUCCCAGCAGAAGGCUCCAGCUGGAGGGAUGGGUUGUGGGGCAACCUGGUUCCUGCUAACUGCCAGAUUGAAUGUGUGGGCUAGAAUGCCUGUGCAUUUAGUUAAACUGGGCUCAGCAUGCUUGUCCUCAAAAUGUCCACCCUGGUCACAGCACACAAGAUGGCUAUUGGUCUGCUUUUACCCUACCCUGUACUAUACAUGAAAAUUCCAGUUAUUAACACACUCAAACUGGUGGAGCUUGUUCACCCUAGGAAGGGGAUUGUAUAUAUGGCAGGCUUCCCUGGUGCCGAUGUACUACAUCGGGAACAUUUGACUUCCUUGGGACUCUUAAGUGCGUACUGAUGGCAUGAAGUAAAAGGGGUCUCAAUGAUGAUAGGAAAAUCAGUUCUUUUAAAAUUUCUUCAAGAAAAUCCAGGCUAUCACAUAGUCUUUCUGUGUGACUUAUUAGGAGAUAGGAAGAGCAUUGGGAAACUUGCACAGCUAGCUAUGCAUCUACAUUUUGGUUUGGGGUUAGUUAUGAAAUGUUCUUAAUAUGACGUGUUCGAUAACUUCACAUAAACUUCCUGUUCUCCAAAACCUCAAAGAGAUAGAGUUAAUGAGUUGUUGUUUUUUUUUAAAUGGGGGUAGUUUUCUAUCUGUCAUGGGCUCUAGCAUCUACUCCGCUACCCAAUUCUGUCAUCUCCAAGCUGAGUUUCCUCUUCUGAGGCAGAGGCUGGAGCAGUUCUUUUUCAGUUCUCAUCCUCUCCAUCCCAAUCCAGUAUAUCAAUCAACUCUAACUCGGAGACGUCUAGCUGGUAAUGUUUCUAAAACUUUCACUGGAUUUCUUUAGACAUUGAAGCAAACAUUUUUUUCUAAGAAUUGCUUCUCAGAUGAUGAUAUCAAAUGUAUAUGCUUUUGCAAGUUUGAAAAAUUCAAAUUAACCACUUUUGACUAGUAAGUCUUUCUAAAAACCAUUUAAAGCUAUCUGGGUCUUAGCAUCCUCCUGUGUAUGGAAGAGACAGGUGACCGCUCCAGGUUGGGUGCUCACAGAACCCGUUUCCUGACUCUCAUGGAAGAUGGUGGAAGGAAAAUAGACUGUCUCAUCAACCCUCCUGUGUCCUCUGAAGCAAUCUCAGUUUUUAUUAACCACCUCUUCUGUGUUUCUGGUAGCUAUUUAACCUGUAUUUAAUCUGUACUUCCUAUGCCAGCCUCAAUUUUAUUUGAUUUUUAAAAUUAUUCUCUUCUAACCAAUGAAGUGUUUGUCAGUAUGCCCCAAAGCUUGCUCUUUUGUGCUCCCUUUUGAAUAACUUUCUAUGCAGAAAAAGAGAUUAUUUGGGACUUGAGAUUUGCAGUGAUACCAACUUAUAGCAAUGAUGUACUUUAAGGGAACUACCCAACUAUGUUGUGAUAGGAGAAAGAGAAACCUUCAUUUUGGCUUUUUUUUUAAUCACUGUUUAUUUUUCCGUUUGCCGCCCAGGAAGCAGUGGGAGGUGGUGGCAGAUAUGCUUUGCAUAUGGAUUGUUAUGUUUUUAUUUGGGCAAGUUUAAUCAUGGAAAACUCAAAAAGAAGGGGGGAAAUGGUCAGUUUAAGCCAAAAGAAACUUUCUAAACAAUGUAUAGGUACACAGCAAAAUUAAACAAAUCCAACAAUUUCUGAAGCUUAGUGUAAUUGAGUGGUGGUUGUUAUUCAAUAAAAUUAUUCCCAAAAGUGUUUCUCCUAAGAGUGCAGUUCCCAUGAGUCACUUCCUUAACCCAUUGACCAAAGGUGGACAGAGACAAUCCUGUAGACCUUGACAUUCAGAAAGAUGUGAGCUGCUUACUGAUCAUAUAUGCAUACGUUUCUUUACAGCAGAGGAAACCAUUGUCCACAAAACUGAUGUUCUUUUGGGGUUUUAUGUACAGACUUGUCCAAUCACGUGUGUGGUUCCUGCGAGUUGCUGAUGACUCCGCAUUGAAGCUCUCUGAGUUCUAUGAUUUUAAGUUGGGUUUAUGGAAUUUUUUCAAAUGUUGGAAGGCGUGUGGUUCUUCCUGCCCUCCCUCCCCUUUUGGAAAUAUGAAAGCAAAUGUUUAGAAGAAUUCCUUUUGAAAAGCUGUGUCGUGUUCCCUGUGAAACUGAGCAGGUGUGUGUUGGCGCGCUAAGUGCCACAUGCUUGUGUGCAGAGGAGGAGGUGGCCCUGCCGGCUCCGCGCUGCUGUGCCUGUGAUCCCUACCUGCUCCCCGCUCCUGUUGCCAGCAGCACUCACUGCACUCCUUUGUCAUAUACUCUGCAUCACUGUCAUACUCACAACUUCGUGAAUAAAGUUGUGUGCUUUAUUCGUA